UGCUGCAGGAAUAUGGUCACCUCUCUGUUGCUUCUGCUUUUUCCUCAGGGGGCCCUGUGUACCUUUCAUGUGAGAUCCUGGAGGUAUAGUGGAGUAACCAUCAGCUGUGUUAAGAUGAGACUGAUCAGCUGUCUGGACUGGAGAGGAGUGGGAGAUGAAGGGAGCGAUUUCCUUUUAACUUGGACCCACCAAAGUGGAAAGAAACAGAGUGUUGACAGGCGUGUGAAAGCAGUACUGCUGGGUCAACUGGGGAACUUCAGAGACCAGUUUAGAAGGCUUCAUAAAGUCUCUCCGAAGAGGAGGCGUAAUAGGCUCACUGGCAACAGGAAGCCGGAGAGAUUUGCUCCUUGUCCUGAAUUACCAGCCAGCUGUAAACUACAAGUCCCAUUCCACAGCAGGAGGAUCACUCCUCACAUUAGCCUUGGCAUAGUGCCGACUGCAAAUGUGAGAUCAGUGGUCGUCAGGAGGCCCAGUUGGGACGGAUCCUUUGUCACUCACGGCGACACAUGUCAUAAACUCAUUGUCUUGCCAUCAAUCCGGGGACCUAACCACCUCCACAGCAGAUGGAGGCCCAGCAGGAUGACAGGGGGCCAUGCCCUGAGCCUCUGCCCCACACAGAGUGCACGCGGUGGGAGAAAGAGGGGCAACAGCUAUAGGGGAGCCCCAUACACUGGACUGGACCUCCUGUGGAUAGACCUCUGGAUGAAGUCCUAAUGUUGCCCAUGAUUAAUUAGAGACAAAUGUAAGUACGCCGAUAUCGCUCUGCAAGAUAAUAAACUUGCUUCUUAUAUGAACA